UCCAUCAGUGGUCACACUACAAAUUAUUAAAGCCUGCAGUCGCUCACCUCAGUUUUGGUGGCUUUCAGCAACACCACAUUGUGUCAGAACGUUGUACUAAACAUCCGAAGCAAUGGCUGUUGUUAGUGGAACAUUCCGAAUGGUGUCUGAGGAGGAACAGGCCCUCAGAGCUAAACUGGAGCAUCUCACAGUCAAAGAUCACGGGCCUUUGUUUGGACCCUGUGCCCAGCUACCUGAUCACACGGUGCAGAAGGCUAAAGAUGAGCUGAAUGAGACUGAUGAGAAGCGUGUGGAAGCUGUAAAGGAACUCAGGGGUAUUAUGAAAGAGAAGGCAGACUCUGGAGAUGACGUUGCCAAAGGUGUCCAGGACACCUUUGGGGAAAAACCAGAUACAGUGCUGGUGAGGUUCAUUCGAGCCAGGAAAUAUGAUGUCAACAGAGCCUAUGAACUCAUGAAGGGUUAUGUGCGCUUCAGGCGGGACUACCCUGAGCUAUUUGAAAACCUGACCCCAGAGGCAGUACGCAGCACCAUUGAGGCAGGAUACCCAGGAAUCCUGUCGAGCAGAGACAAAUAUGGCCGUGUGGUGCUGCUGUUCAACAUUGAGAACUGGGACUAUGAGGAGAUCACCUUUGAUGAGAUCCUCAGAGCUUAUUGUGUGAUCCUGGAGAAGCUAUUGGAAAAUGAGGAGACUCAGAUUAACGGGUUUUGCAUCAUCGAGAACUUCAAGGGCUUCACCAUGCAGCAGGCCUCUGGCAUCAAGCCCACAGAGCUGAAGAAAAUGGUGGACAUGCUGCAGGACUCCUUCCCAGCACGUUUCAAAGCAGUGCACUUUAUCCACCAACCCUGGUACUUCACCACCACUUACAAUGUGGUCAAACCCCUGAUGAAGGGCAAACUGCUGGAAAGGGUGUUUGUCCAUGGCGAUGAGCUGGAGAACUAUUUCAAGGAGUUUGAUAUCGAAAUCUUGCCAUCAGAGUUUGAUGGGAAGGGCUCCAAAUACGACGGCAAGGCCACGGCAGCAAAACUUUUUGACUAAAUAUGCUGUCUGUCAACAUACAAGAAUGCGUCUGUGUGUAUUGUAGUUAUGCUGUGUGACAGAAUCAUUGAAAGAUGUUAUGUUUUUCUGAGAGUGAACCCAGCAGCAUAGAGAUUCAUUUUUCCAUGCCAAACAGCCAACCUCAAUGGGAAAGACCCCAGAUGUCAUCAAAGAGGAAUUAUUAAUUAUGAUAACUCGGAUAACGGCAAAUGUUCUCUGUGAUGCUGAGUUCUUUAGGAGUGUUUGGUAAACCUUGAUGAUCUUGGGCAGGCCCCUGCUUUCAGUUUGACUCUAAAAUAUAGGAAAAUCUGGCAGAGGCCAAAUAUCCAUAAGUAUAAGGUCAGAAACUUACAUUUAAUUGCCUUAGUUUGAAAUAAAAUCAAGGUGGUGUCAUAACUUGCUGUGGUAAGUCCAUUGAACCACUUUGAAUUUACUUACUGAUGAAGAAAAUCAAGCUGAAGGAGUAGAAAUUACUGUGACUAUAAAUGGAUGAAAACAGAGUGUAUUAUGUUCUGAAUGGAAGACUUUAUUUGGAAAUUUGAAGUGAGUGGAAACUGGAAAUUCUAAAGUAUGUGCACUCUUAAAAUGAUAACUUCUUUAUUACAUUAUCAUUUACUUAUUUCUUUUAAAUGAUAAUAAAUAAAAAAUUUGGUAUGUCAAACCCUUUGCUUGUGUGCUGCAUUUUCCCUUUUCCACCAGUUGGACAAAAAUUAUUCAUUCUUACACAGUCCUAUUGUACACAUGUCUCAUGAUAUCAUGUUUUGUCAAUUGUCAUUGAAUGGUACAGACUGUCAAGACAUGCUGAAAAGCAAAGCCACUGUUCUAGAGUG